UGCGGCGGCGGGGCGGGGCCGGCGGCGGCGGCGGCGGCGGGAAGGGGCCGUGCCGGGGGCCGGGGCCCGGCGUUGGCGGCGCGAUGCCGGUCCACUCCCGGGAGAAGAAGGAGAACAACCACGAUGAGAUGGAGGUGGACUACGGGGAGAACGAGGGGAGCAGCUCGGAGGAGGAGGAGACCGAGAGCUCCUCCGUGUCCGAGGAGGGCGACAGCUCAGAAAUGGAUGAUGAGGACUGUGAAAGAAGAAGAAUGGAGUGUUUAGAUGAAAUGUCCAAUCUUGAAAAGCAAUUUACAGACCUCAAAGAUCAACUUUACAAAGAGAGAUUAAGUCAAGUGGAUGCAAAACUACAAGAGGUCAUAGCUGGAAAAGCACCUGAAUAUUUAGAACCAUUGGCAGCAUUGCAAGAAAAUAUGCAAAUCCGAACCAAGGUGGCAGGUAUCUAUAGAGAGCUUUGUCUGGAAUCUGUGAAGAACAAAUAUGAAUGUGAAAUUCAAGCCUCUCGACAGCACUGUGAGAGUGAAAAGCUUCUGUUGUAUGAUACUGUACAAAGUGAAUUAGAAGAGAAGAUUAGAAGACUUGAAGAAGACAGGCAUAGCAUUGAUAUUACCUCAGAAUUAUGGAAUGAUGAGCUACAGUCCCGGAAGAAAAGAAAGGAUCCAUUUAGUCCAGAUAAAAAGAAACCUGUUGUUGUAUCAGGCCCUUAUAUAGUUUAUAUGUUACAAGACCUUGAUAUUCUUGAAGACUGGACGACAAUAAGGAAGGCAAUGGCUACACUGGGGCCACACAGAGUAAAGCCGGAACCACCUGUCAAAUUAGAGAAACAUCUACAUAGUGCUAGAUCUGAAGAAGGAAGGCUCUAUUACGAUGGAGAGUGGUAUGGACGUGGACAGACGAUAUGCAUUGAUAAGAAAGAUGAAUGUCCUACAAGUGCCAUAAUUACAACAAUUAACCAUGAUGAAGUUUGGUUCAAAAGACCGGAUGGAAGCAAGUCCAAGCUAUAUAUUUCUCAGCUACAGAAAGGAAAAUAUUCAAUAAAGCAUAACCACAACUGACUAUUGCUAACCAGAAAUGAAACAAGUGGUAUUGCCAUGCUUGAUGUGCCAUGGGAUGAAAGUUGUAUUUAAUAGUGUUUUGUAUUCCUUAUAAAUUUACAGCAGUAUCUGAUGUGUAUUUGUAGUGCUGUAUGUAAACUUCAUAUGGAUGGCCUUCAGAAACCUGAGGACGUUAAAUCAUGUUGACAGUUUUACCUCUAAACUGGGUCCAGUGCCUAAGGUAUGAAGUUCGCUCUUCAAAUGUAAUGGCUCAGAACUUCUCAUUAAUAGUCAUAUUUGUAAAAUGAAAUUUAAAAAUAAAUAAAUCCAUUGUUGACCAGUUCGUGUGAUAAAAAUGAUAACCACAGUUACCAGCAACUCACUUUGUUUUCAGUGAACAUCGUCAUGCUUCUCUUGUGGAUGUAAAUUUAGCCUGUUCAGCUGUUGCUUUUGAAUAGAUUGUAACAUGCAUAAGCAUUCUUUUAUCCAAAGUGGAUCGAUUUAUUAAAAUCUGCCCUCAACAGCUCUGCUAGUUGUAACUGCGUUAUAUUUUGUAAGGUUUACUAUCUUGCUUAUAAUGAGACAAAGCCAAUAUUUUGAGUUACAAUUUUUCAGGAGCAUUUUUCUGGCUUAGGACCCUAGUCUAUAGUAAACAAAUUAUUGGUGAUUUUUUUCUUCUCCCCCAGAUUACCAGCAAAAUUUAUGCAUAAAGUAGACAGUGUUGCUCCAACCUGUUACAUGCAGCCUACAAAGGAUGGCUGCUGUGACAAUUAUGUAAAUAUUAUUGCAUGCUCUGCUUAUUUGGUCCAUGUUGUAUGGAAUACUAUGAAUUCUUUUUUUUUUCAAAAGGAAAACAUCUCCCCAGAAAUCAUUUAAGUGGGCAAAUUUACACUGACUUUUUCAUCAAACACAGUUUUCCAAAUUUCUGUAACCUAUUUUGUCUUAUUGUACACCAGAAUUAUUUAAUGCAGUUUUAAAAGCUGAAUUUCCCUUGAAUCUUAUUGUUUAAGCCAUGGAGAAAGGUCCUAAAUCCUUAAUGUUACUGUGAUGUGCUUGGAACAUCUAGAAUGUUAGAUGGGAUCGUUGAAGAAUUUUUAAUAUGUUGGUUAUAUGCACUUUAAUCUCCACUUAUGAUGACUCUUCUUGGAGAAAGAAAGCAUCUGUUUGGUUUAAAGGAUCACAGCAAAUAAGUAUUUUUAUUGUAACAUAAAAAUGGUUUAUUCCUAUAUUAGUUGUCUCUUUUAGUGCAGGGUAGUAACUACUUUCCAAAUGCCAAAUCGGUUUCUGCUGAGUGAUGCUUUUCUACAAGUGUAUGACAUUAAUAAUCAAAUGUAUAUAAAGUAUCAAUUGACGUUGGCUUUUAACAAUAUGAACUGUAUGUAUACAGUUGUUUGAUAAUCUUUUUGUAAUAAAAUAUUCGUAUUUUUUAACUUAGUAUAUAAAUAAAUCAUUGGUGGUAGUGAA